AUGGCAAGACAGAACAUUGCUCAUUGUAGAAUAAACGAGAACUUUAAUGAGCUCCAUCUUAAUGGAAAACUGAAACAAGAAAUUAUUACUGAUCACACAAUAUUGUCUUCUAGUGAUAAUAUAGAUACUACCAAAGGUCUUCACAUAUUGCCCACUAAGCAUGGAAGCAGUACUUUAUUAAAUCAGGCCGAUUCUCAGUUUCCUGAUCUAUUUACAUAUAAAAAUUUCUAUGUAAGUCGUCUUAUCAUGUCUCACCCAACGGUGAGUGACAAUGAAGAUUGUAACAUCAGCAGCAUAUUUGAAGAAGCUUGUGAUUUUAUAGAUUAUGUUGAGCAGAUUGGUCAGAGAGUUUUAGUUCAUUGUUUUGAGGGGAGAAGCAGAAGCGUAUUCUGGAAGUUCACUCUACUAGAAGCAUGGAACACACUGAAACGAGUACACCGCAGAGCACAGCCGAACGACGGUUUUGCCAAGAUCUUACAGGAACUGGAUAAAAAGCUGAAUGGAAAGGUUUCUAUGGAGUGGCAGCAACGAAAACCAACGAUGCAAGUUUGCCCAUCUGCGGCAAGAAUGCCGGAUUAA